AUGGGUGACAAAAUUGCUCAGAUCAUCUUUAGUAUCCUCCACUAUGUCAGGUACACCCUGGCCGCAUCCGAAGAAGGAGAAUUGAUGAAGGGCUUGGCCAACAGCAUAUGGCAGUCAGUCCGAGCUGAUCAGGCUCCGGGUUCAGACCACUUUCUACCAGAUAAGGUCGACGACACUCUCUUCGCUCACCCGGAUGUUAUGGAGCGCCCCUUUGCCACUUUACAGCUCGACGAGACUCACGGAUCCAGCCUCGCGCAGUUAUGGUUCAUCGACCGAAUCAUGCAUCACGGACGACUUUGGUGUGGAACAUACACUCCACGGGAUCACCAGAUCUAUCACCGCUCGCCUGGCAGCUUACAAGCGGACUCCACCUUGGAAGAAGAUUUGGAGGCACACCAAAAGAUCCUAGAAGCGAACAACCUGCCCGAAAAACUGAUCAUCCGGAAACAACUCUCGCGCAUGAUGUUCACUAUGAUGAUCGAACGCAUUUUCGCUGGCAAGCCCGGAUUAUCGAAACACCGCCACACCAUGGUGGCUUAUGCUUCCACUACAGCCUUAGACUUGUGGUCAGACCGUAAAGAGAGGAUACGACAAAAGACUCUCAUGUCCACCUUCGACGUAGACGGACCAUGCCUCGUGGCAACGCCAUACAAUUCAGAAUGGGAAAUACUGCCGCAUCCAAGGCUCCGUAGCGCGAGUGUAUGCUGGGUCGUUGAACUAAAAGAGAGCAGUGGCGGUGCCACACGGACACAUAUCAAGAAGGAAGACGACUCCACAGAUUUGAAUCCUGGUCUUGCAAGCGGAUCAGAGGUCGGAGAGAAGGAGAAGGCAAAGGAAGUAACAUCUGAUAACUCACAGGAAGCAAAGUCUUCCUCAGGCGUUGAGUAUCACACCCCCAAGAAUCGUUUGGGACAGCGGGAUCUUGACUUACGAGUAUUGGCAAAGGUGAAAGGGUUAUGGCAGAUUAUGGAUGUUCCUUCUCAGAUGUACCUGUUUAGUUAG